AAAACCAAUUAGCAUUUCCAACCUCUAAACAUCGUCAUGCCCAACAAUAAGAAACUCAAGCUUUCAAAAAUAAAGGCCUCUGAUAAGGCUCACCCGUACUCACGGAAAGCAGUCCAAAUGCGACGAGCCAUAAAUCGGCAAGAUAAACUCGUUAAGCAAAAGUCGGCUAGUGACGAAAAGAAAACGAGAACAGUUGAGCGAAUGCUGUGGUUCAAAUAUGCACUUCCAGAGGACAUAAGCAUAGCCACGAAUGAAUUGGUGCACGACAUAAUAGAGCAGUACAUUGCGCGAAACGAGGAAGAGAUUGCGGAGAUUAGGGGCAAACUGAGGCAAGGGCGACCAAGACCGUCCCGGUUGGACUUGCUUGAGAAUCUAAAAUCGAAGGACGAACAAGAGUACAUCAAUGGUAUUGAAAUACCGGUGCUAACUGAUGCGAAGAAUGUGACGAUCUUGAGAUCAUGGGAGGGUGAUUAUAAUGGGCUCGGUCGCAUAAAAGUCGUCGUAGUUCGACGGCCUGUUUCAACAACGGAUCCCGUUAAAGGGGCGCCAACAGAAGGAGCGCACGUAGCAGAUAGUAUAAGUAGCAUAACGGGAAUGCAAGUGGACGAAUAGAAUGAAGAUAUCCCAGCAUUUUGUGAUGCUUUUCAUGAUUACUUCGCCUGGACACGUAUUUCCAUUGAUAACUCACAU